UGGGGCAACGACUCCCCAGCCCGCAGCGAGAGUCCGGCGCAGGCCGCCCCACGCUCGCCGCCCUCGGACCGGGCCCUUGCGGCAGCGGGGACGGCGGCGGAGGAAGAGCCGGCGGCCUCCAGAUCUCCCUGCCGCGAGCAGCCGCGCGGCGACGAGGCCGAGCUGGAGGACGGGAGGGGGGGCCGCGGCGGCGGCGGCGGCGGGGCGGGGCGCGCGCCCUCGCCCGAGGAGAUGGAGGAGGAGGCGAUCGCCGGCGCCCCCGGGGACGAGACGGAGGACAUGGACUUCCUGUCCGGGCUGGAACUGGCCGAUCUGCUGGACCCUCGGCAACCGGACUGGCACCUGGAGCCCGGGCUCAGCUCGCCCGGGCCCCUCUCCUCCGGCGGAGGCUCGGAGAGCGGCGGCCUGUGGAGAGGGGACGACGACGACGAGUCUGCGGCCGCCGAGAUGCAGCGCUUCUCGGACCUGCUGCAGAGGCUGUUAAACGGCAUCGGCGGCGGCGGCGGCAGCGGCAGCGGCAGUGACAGUAGCGGCGGCGAAAAGAGGCGGAGGAAGGCCGGCGGAGGCGGCGGCGGCAGCGACAACAACAACCAGGCGGCGACCAAGAGCCCCCGGAAGGCGGCAGCGGCGGCCGCGCGCCUGAACCGGCUGAAGAAGAAGGAAUACGUGAUGGGGCUGGAGAGUCGAGUGCGGGGCUUGGCCGCCGAGAACCAGGAGCUGCGGGCCGAGAACCGGGAGCUGGGCCAGCGCGUGCAGGCGCUGCAGGAGGAGAGUCGCUACCUGCGGGCCGUCCUGGCCAACGAGACGGGCCUGGCUCGCCUGCUGAGCCGGCUGAGCGGCGUGGGACUGCGGCUGACCACCUCGCUCUUCAGGGACGCGCCCGCCGGGGACCACGACUACGCGCUGCCGGUGGGGAAGCAGCCGCCGCAGGACCUGCUGGAAGAGGACGACGCGGCGGGAGGAGUGUGCCUCCAUGUGGACAAGGAUAAGGUGUCGGUGGAGUUCUGCUCGGCGUGCGCCCGGAAGGCGUCGUCUUCUCUGAAAAUGUAGGGUCAAGUAAUCUGCUCUUUACCCGCGUUUCCCCCUCUCAGCUCCCUUAACACCAUGUCAAACUCCUUAGUGGGACAUCGUCACUGGACACAUUUCAGGUGGAGAGAAAAAAAAAAAAAGUAAUAUUGAGUCUUUUAAGUGUUUAGCUAAAAGCAUGAAUGUGACACUGUAACCAACUCCCAAUGAUAACAUGUGACUAUUAAAUCUCUCUGACAGUUUCUUUUUUAGGUGAUUUCCUUCCUGCCAGGCUCCGUUGUAGGGGUUACAGAACAGUGGUUCCCGCCUCACCACCUGACUUGCGUGUACCUAGCUCUUCUGUCCCCAGUGUGGACAUGGCCUUGGAUGACAUCGAUUCCAACUGUACACUGAAAGCUGCUAAUAGAGAUACAGUUUGGAGACAGUGAAACAGGUGAAGUGGAAUGGAAGUUCCGAGUUGUACAAGGUGCAAAUUGGAAUUCCAGUAUUAGAGCAACUUUGCAGAGGUUGACCAAUAAGUGUUUGGGGCAUGCACAAAGGUGAUAGUUAUUUUGCUGGAGGUGACAACAAAAUAACUCUUAAAUAUUCAGUAAUGCCUUUUAGUUUUAAGUAGGAGAUCUAGAACUACAAUAUUCAGAUGAACAGAUUUUAAUAUCUCACUGUUAGAGAAGUUGGAAAUUAACAUGCGUAUCAGACUCCUGUGUUAGCUAAUUGAAGGAGGACUAAGAAUGGUUAAUGAAAUGCUUCUUUGAGGACCAGCACAGUGAUGACCCUAUCACUGAGUAUGAAUAAAUUGUUGAACACCUUUAUUUUUGUUGUAUUAAAAUUUUAGGUUAAAUUUAUGUAUGAUUCGAUUUUGAAGGUUAUGAAAUGUGAAUGAAAACAUGUAAAGUGAGGCUUCACAAAGAAUCUUAUUUUCCAUAUUUCAAAGGUAUUUUAAAAAUUGAGUGGUGCUGACUACUUAAUGACACGAUUGACACUUUUUCCAAAGAUGGGAUAUAUUCUUCCCUUGAAGUUCUCUAUUGUCUAUUGUCCAAUUGUAUAAAUUGAGUUAUGGUGGCCUUCAGUGUAACAGGCAUUAAGAAAUUCUUUGUUAAAAAAAAAAGAAAGAAAGAAAAGAAAUUCUUUGUGAAACAUCACUGUUUGAUAAAGUAUAUACCUAUUUAGCAUCCUUGUUUUUCUUUGUGCUAAAGUGGAUACAGCUGUUGGGGCAGAAGAGACGGGACCAGCUGCUGGCCACAUUUCCUGCUUUAUUUUAAAAGGUAGUAUAAGAAAUAAGGAAAAGAGGUAAUAUCAGGGCUUCUGCUGUCUUUUCUUUUAAAAUGUUCAUAAUUAAAAGUUAUUCCAGCAGUCCAAAGAUGUAAGUUAUCUUACACACAAAAUGUUUUAUUUUGUUGUUAUUUGGUUAUGAAAAUGGAAUCCUUGUUCUUGCACAACUGUAAAUGUUUUGUUUCUAGAUAAUACUAGUUGAGACUUAACGGUCUCUGGUUUCCAGUGCAUCACAGCAAUUUUGUAAAACCAUCUUCUGCACUUGAGCAUGAAUGGGUAGUAGCCAAACUCACAGCCUGGAGUUAUGAAUCUGCUUAUAUCUAAGUGCAGGAGCAAGCCCCUCACGAUGCAGCUGCAUGGAUUUUUAGUGCCUACUGAAUUAUACAUAAACAUAUAUAUAUAAACCAAAAGUAGUUGGAAAAUUAUUUAAAAUGACUAAUUUGUGCUAUCAUUAUGAAAUAUGUUAAAUGUAGAUUUUUGAAACAGAAGUCUUGAAUUGAAAUUUAAUUAAUACUUGAACAUUUUGUAUAUAUUUCUUUGUAUAUAAUUUUGUGCAGUACCAAUGACAAAAAUAUGGUGUCAUAAUAAAACCAGGUUUGUUGAUCUUUCAGUUAUGGGCUCAAAGAAUUUUUUCAUCUCUAAUAUGACAUUGAAAAAUAAUGGAUGAGAAUAGGAAAAAUGAUUGUUAAUGCUGACUGUGGGUCUUAAAGGUUCUGGAAGCAGUAAGUGCGUUUUUCUAAAAAUUAUACCAUUCCUUGGAAUAUUUUCUUCCUAACAUCAGUGCUUUUCCUGCAUUAUUUGAAGUUGGGGCUGGGGAAAACAGUAGUCAAAAGCUUUCUGAAUUGGGAUGUUUUGAAAUUCCAAGUAUAGAUUUUUAGAAUGUCAUUUUAUAAAUGGCAGUUUUUGAAAAUACUUGAUUAAGAACUUUUGAAAGUGGAGAUUAGUAUCACCUAUUUUUAAAGCUGCUUUGUUAGGUUACUUAUGUUUUAACUGUCUUUUCUUAGUUUCCAUUUCAUUUUUUUUUCCCUCUAAUUUUGGUGACUCAGUGAUUUUUGUCAUUUUUUGCAUCAACUUCAUAGUCUUGUUUUACAUGGUAUUGCAUGUACUUAGGACCUGUCUAAUAGGGGCUUUAAAUAAAUUUGGUCAUAUUUAUGUAUAAACACAUUUUACUGUAAAUGUCUUGAGUUUCUGAAUUUACAACAGAUCUGUUUAUUUCAGUAUGUAGUAAACAAUAUCUUAAAAGUGUCCUAUUCACUACUUGUUAAUUAAAAAAGUUAUGAUUAAUAUGAAA